AUGACGGCGGAGGAGGCCGAGGCUGCUGCUGCUGCUGCUGCAGCAGCAGCAGCAGCAGCAGCAGAACUGCAGGCAUCUUUGUGUGCAUCUUUGUGUGUAAAGAAAGAAAAGCUGUCGUCGGCUCUGAGGGCUUUGGCUGCGCAGCGGCGGCGUCUCCGCUGGGGUGUAUAUACACCGCAGGUGCCGCAGCAGCAGCAGCAGGAGCAGCAGCAGCAGCAGCAGAAGCAGCAGCAGUUGGUGCUGUCUACUACAGUGGGGCCUUCUGCUGCUGCUGCUGCUGAGCGGCUGCAGUGGCGGCUGCUGAAUCUAUUUGAGGCGGUAGUGAGCUCUCUGGCUAGCAGCAGCAGCAGCAGCAGCAGCAGCAGCAACAGCAGCAUUGCUGCUGUUGCUGCUGUUGCUGCAGCGAUGCAGCAGCACAGCUACCUCGUCACCAGCAUUGGAGCCCUUGCUGCUGCUUCUGCUGACUUGCAGCUGCUGCGGAGAAGCAGCAAAUCGAUGGAAUCUGCUGCUGCUGCUGCUGCAGCACCAGCAGCAGCAGCAGCAGCAACAGCAUCACCACCGCCAUCACCACCACUAGCACUGCCAGCAACAACAGCAGCAGCAGCAGCAGUUUCUGCUGCUGCUGCUGCUGCUGCUGCACCCAGACAAAUGACUAUGCUUGCUAUAGAAGAUGCUCCAGCACGCAGCAGCAGCAGCAGCUCUCCUCCAGCUGGCGAACGCAGCAGCAGCAGCAGCAGCAGCAGUAGCAGCAGCAGCAGCAGCAGCAAGCCUAAGAAAGGCGGGGAGAAGCCCAAGGCAGCAAAGAAAAUUGGAAAAAGCAGCAGCAGCAGCAGCAGCAGCGGCAGCGGGUUGCAUGCGGGAGCAGGGGGUGAGGCCGCUCCUGCUGCUGCUGCUGCAGCAGCAGCAGCAGCAGCAACACCAGCAGCAGCAGCAGCAGCAAAAGCAGCAAAGAAGAAGCAGAUAACACCAAAAGACAGCCGCUUGCCGCUGCGAGCAAAAACAAACAAAGGGGAGGAGAAGCAGCAAGGAAAAAGCACAAAGACAGCAGCAGCAGCAGCAGCACCAGCAGCAGCAGCAGCAGCAGCAGGACGAGCAGCAGCAGCAGCAGGAGGAAGAGACAAACAGAAAACGGGAGCCGCAGACAGACCCAGCGAGCAGCAAACAAUAAAAAAACAAAAAAAAAUAAAACAAACAGCAAAAGAAGAAACAACAAAAACAGCAGCAGCAACAACAAACAAGAAAGAGAAAAUGCAUGCAGCAGCAGCAGCAGCAGCAGCAGCAGCAGCAGCAGACAAAACAGCAGCAAACAAACGAAAGAAAAAAAUAACGCCAAAGACUGCAAUGACAGCAGCAGCAGCAACAGCAGCAGCAACAGCAACUGCAGCAACAGCAGCAGCAACAGAAGCAACUGCAGCAGCAGCUGAAGCAACAGCAGCAGCAACAGAAGCAACUGCAGCAGCAACAGAAGCAACAGCAGCAGCAACAGAAGCACCAGCAGCAGCAACAGAAGCAACAGCAGCAGCAGCAACAGAAGCAGCAGCAGCAACAGAAGCAGCAGCAGCAGCAGCAGCAGCAGCAGCAGAAGAAGAGUUGAUGCCGCUGGAUUCUCUCUCUUCAGUAGCUGAGGAGACAGAAGCUGCUGCUGCUGCUGGCAGCAGCAGCAGCAGCAGCAGCAUGAGGUGUACAGACACCCCAACGCUUGCUGCUGCACCGCCGCAGCCAGCAGCAAACAGCAGCGACACAGAAGGGAGCUGCAGUGGAGACGAAAUGCUUGCUGCUGCUGCUGCUGCAGCAGCAGCAGCAGCAGCAGAAGCAGCAGCAGGAGAGAAGGAUGAAGCAGCAGAAGAACAACGAAUGGCACCUGCUGCUUCAGUUUGCUGCUGCAGUCCGCUUGCUGCUGCUGAGGAGAAGGAUGCUGCUGCAUGCAUCCAAGGCAGCAACAGCAGCAACAGCAGCAGCAGCAGCAGCAGCAGCAGCAACAACAGCAAUGUCAACAGCAGCAGCAGCAGCAGAAGCAGCAGCAGCAUUAGAAACAACGGCAACAGCAGGAACAGCAGCAUCAACAGCAGCAGCAGCAGCAGCAGAUGCAGCCUCAUCAGCAACAGCAACAUCAUCAACAGCAGCAGCAACAGCAGCAUCAACAGCAGCAGCAGCAGCAGCAGCAGCAGCAGCAGCAGCAGCUUUAUGUAUGAUGCGUUUGCUUCGUUGCCUUCAAAGGAGUUUCGGCGCUCCAGCAGUUUUUCUUGGGGGGACUUGCUGCGGCGUGAAUCGAGGAGAGAGAGAGCAGCAGCAGCAGCAGCAGCAGCAGCAGCAGCAGCAGCAGCAGAAGCAGCAGCAGCAGCAGCAGCAGCAAGCAGAGUGCAGGAAAGCCCAGCAGCAAAAAGACACAGAGGGAACAGCUCAAACGAAACAGACAGAAACAGGCAGCCAGCAGCAGCAACAGAAACAGCAGCAGCAACAGCAGCAGCAACAGCAGCAGCAGCAGCAGCAGCAGCAGCAGCAGCAGGAGAGCUGGGCGUGAGGGAGCUGUGUUGUGGGGCCGCCGCAGCUACGCUGCUUCGUGAGGGGGAAGGGCGUUGGGGUGUAUAG